AUGGGUCAUUAUGCAAAUAGGGACGUUAAUCAAUCUAUCAUACCAUUAGCAGUAGACCGAUACAUACUAGAACAUCCAUUACCCAUUUACAUGUCUUCCCCAGUAUUAGUAUAUCUCGUACCUAGUGGAUUACAGUACGCGACACGAGCAAUAGUGCAAGAAGCCAUUACUGCUACUUUUACCAUUGCUGCGUUGUCAACAUGGUUUCUAAGUUGUGCCUUCCAGAUUAGCCGCUUGCAUUGCUUAACUGUGACCCGUAGUAUGAUGCUCGGUUUACGAAUAGAGUAG